AUGAAGCAGCUUGCUCUCCUUCAAACGCUAACAGCGAAACUUCUGUGCGCCGUAUUCUCGUUUGGCCUCAUGGGAAUGGCCCGAGGGUUAGACGAGGGCCUUAUCUCAACAACAGUGGCCCAACCAUCCUUCAUCCAGGAGUUUCACCUUCAGGAUCCCGGCCUCAGUGCAUCGGAACAGGCCAACCGGCUUUCCAAUAUAACUUCCAUGGUUCACAUCGGCAGCUUUCCCGGGGCAUUGUUCGCUUUCUUGUUGUGCGAGCACAUAGGGUUGCUCUGGACAAUGCGCCAGCUCUGCGUUGUGUGGAUAGCCGGCGUCGUAAUCUUUAUUACAGCAGCUGGCAACAUUAGCCAAGUCUACGCUGGCCGUUUCAUCAUGGGGUUAGGAAUUGGACAAGCUGGGGUCGCCGUCCCCAUCUAUCUCUCCGAAGUAGCCAAACCCUCACUGCGCGGACUCCUAGUCUGCACAUUUGCUACUUCCGAGUAUCUGGGGAUUAUGGUCGGGUACUUUUCAAGCUGGGGAACUACCAUUCACAUUCCCAACACCAGCUCGAAGCAGUGGAUUAUUCCCCAGUCGAUUCAAAUUAUGGUUGCCGGAAUCCUCCUGUUUGCAUCGUUCGCAUGCGAGGAGAGUCCGCGACAUCUUUGUAAAGUUGGACGCUUUGCCGACAGCACCCGAUCUUUGAGCCGGCUGUGGAAUCUGCCCACAGAUGAUCCCCGCAUUCAGAAAGAAAUCGAAUGUAUUCGUAGUCAAAUGGGGGGCGACCCAGCUGAGACAAACCUCCAACGCUGGUGCAAGGCCCUCAAACAACUCGCUACUGACAAAUCUAAUAUAUCACGAUUAGUAUUUCUGCUAAUCACUCAGCUUCUGAGUCAGUGGUCGGGUUCCAAUGCUAUUACCACCUACACCCCGGAGCUCUUCGCCCUUCUUGGGGUGACGGGCCAAUCCCAGAAACUCCUACGCACCGCCAUCUUGGGUGCCAUUAAGUUCGCCGCCUCACUCAUUUGCACCGUGUUUCUGAUUGACUACGCAGGAAGAAAGCGACCCUUAAUCACAGGCAUUCUUAUCCAAUUUCUGGCUAUGUUAUACAUUGCCAUUUAUCUUACUGUCACAUCUCCAUCCACCCGUGCCAUUCACUCCAAGACAGAACAUGAUGCAGGCAUGGUCGCCAUCGUCUGUCUUUAUCUCACUGGCGUCGGCUGGGCCUUGGGAUGGAAUUCGAUUCAGUACCUGAUCAAUGCGGAGAUAUUCCCUCUAUCUGUACGAACAGUCGGAUCUAGCGUACUCAUGUGUUUUCACUAUGCCAACCGAUAUGGCCUGUCUAAGGCAACUCCUUCUAUGUUGCUGGAACAUAGUCUUCGCCCAGAGGGGACGUUUUGGUUUUUUGCAGCACUUGCUCUAUUGGGCUUAUUCUGGGUUUGGGUACGACUACCCGAGACUGCCAGGCGAAAUCUUGAAGAGGCGAACACAUUGGUUUCGUGA